GGCAUUGAUUACUCAGAUUUCAAUCAAUGUGUUUUUGUCUUCGGUUCUGCCUUUUGAAUUCUGUGUGGUUCAGUCGAGUGUUUUAAUUUUUGGGCAGCGGUAACCAUUAAAAUCAAUGACCAAUAUAAAUACUAUAUCCUGAGCGGAACGAGUAAUAAAAAGAUAGCCAGCUGUGAAAUUAAAUGUUAUUUCGAAGAUAGCCGGCAAACAAAUAGUAAUGGGCGAAAUUGGAAACGGGAAACCUGCAGCUGACAGGGAGUCAAGCACAAUUGUUUCUGGCGAAUGGCAAUUUAAAUGCUAAAAAUAUUAAGCAUUCAAUUUAUAUGAACCAGAAUUUAUUGGACUUAUUUACCUGUGUUAUUUACUCAAGUGCUUUAAAUAUUCCAAAGUUGAGUGCGUUGAUUCUGCCUUUUUUGUGUGCUUAUUGCCAAGGAUGGCUGGAAUCAGCAGAAGUUCCCAGCCGCGUCUGCAGCUAUAUAUACCUGUAUUCUGGGGCCUGAUGGCAACGGUGCUUGCUUCAUUACCGGAGGAAGCGAGAGGAGCAGCCGGCGGGGAAUCGAGGAUGGAUGUUCUAGGACUCUCGCCGGGACAAAGAGUCCUGGCUGCAGUGCCUGCGUCAGGACGCACGAAUUUUUUGCUGUACCAAUUAGCUGCGGCCAUAAAUUCAGCCGCCGGCCUGGAAUCGCCGACGAUGCAGGAAGUGGAGGUGGUCGACGUGGUGGAGCACCAGGAGCAGUUCCUGCUGGCGAGCCCGGAUCCCAACUGGCUGGCCGCCAUGGCGAAUGAGUUCCAGAGUGUGCCAGUGUACGAGACUUUUCCGGCGGACUUGCAGCACUGGCUGAUGGAUGGCUAUGGGAUCAGUGCCACGGAUUUCUACCACGGCUGGAGCAGAGCAGGAUUUGGGAGGAGCAGGAGGAGCAGCUCCCGCACCCAGCUGAUCUGUACGCCAGAUGGCCAGUGCUACGAGGUCAACAAAAUCGUCACUGCCUGCUGUCCAUUUUGAGCAUGCAAUAAAGGCAUUGAAAAC